UCGAAGAAGAUGUGGUGGAUGAUGGGAGAAAACGGUGGUCACUACUGUUCUAAAAAGUCCGAUGAUUUAUGCGGCAAUCAGGAAUCGGAUCGGGUCUUUGGCAUCUCAAGACUCUGUUGCAUCUUGCGUGGUGUGGACUUAAAAUCAAUCUUGUUCCUCUUAGUGAUCGUCCCAAUGUGUGUUCUUGGUGUAUACAUACACGGCCUCAAGAUCUCAUACUUCUUGAGACCUUUAUGGGAAUCACCACCGAAACCAUUCCACGACAUCCCACAUUACCACCACGAGAACGCUUCAAUGGAGUCUCUCUGUAAACUCCACGGCUGGGGAAUCCGUGAGUACCCUCGCCGUGUCUACGACGCCGUCCUCUUCAGCACCGAAGUCGAGCUUCUCACCAUACGGUGGAAAGAGCUUUACCCUUACGUCACACAGUUCGUCCUCCUCGAGUCGAACUCGACCUUCACGGGAUUACCUAAACCGCUUGUUUUCGCGGGACACAGGGACGAGUUUAAGUUCGUCGAGCCAAGAUUGAGCUACGGGUCGAUCGGAGGAAAGUUCAAGAAAGGAGAGAAGAAUCCUUUUUACGAAGAAGCUUAUCAGAGAGUGGCCUUAGAUCAGCUUUUGAGACUCGCUGGUAUCACCGAUGAUGACUUGUUGAUUAUGUCUGACGUCGAUGAGAUACCGAGCAGACACACGAUCAAUCUUCUCCGUUGGUGCGAUGACAUACCGAAGAUCCUUCACUUAAGGCUCAAGAACUAUCUUUACUCGUUUGAGUUUCCUAUCGAUGAUAAGAGCUGGAGAGCUUCGGUUCAUAGGUACCAGACUGGUAAAACGAAGUACGCGCAUUACAGACAAUCGGAUGAGAUCUUGGCUGAUUCAGGAUGGCAUUGUAGCUUCUGUUUUAGACGGAUAAGUGAGUUUGUGUUCAAGAUGAAAGCUUAUAGUCAUUACGAUAGAGUGAGGUUUGUGCAUUACUUGAACCCUAAAAGAGUGCAGAGAGUUAUAUGCAGUGGGGAGGAUUUGUUCGAUAUGAUCCCGGAGGAGUAUACGUUUAAAGAUAUCAUCGGGAAGAUGGGACCGAUCCCGCAUUCUUAUUCGGCGGUUCAUCUUCCGGCGUAUCUUUUGGAGAAUGCGGAGAAUUUGGUAGACCAGCUUAUGGCAUAUGCUUGCAGGACUAGCAAGCUAAUGGACAAUACUAAUCAGACCGGGCAACGCCACAUGGCCACGUUAUUGGAAAGAUUAAGCUGA